CCGGGCGCAAGCGGGGUCCGAGGCGGCUGUAGCUGCUGCCGGCGGCGGUACCGGUACGGCAGGCGGCGGCGGCAGCAGCAGCAGGCCCUGCCGUACACUGGCGCAAGCGCUGACACUGCUAGACAUCCGGUUGAGGUGCGGCCUCAUGACGGAGGCGUUCAUGCUCAUCCGCCAACACACCGCUGACCUGGCGGCGGCUGCUGCGGCUGCGGCUGGCAGGAGCGAAGCUCCCGCUGCAGCAGCAGCAGCGGUGGUGGGGGCACAUGCCGGUGGCAGUGGCGGUGCGGAGGUGGCGGAGCACACUGGGG